UAUCUUAUAAUCUAUUAUCUCUAUUUGCAAAACCCACGGUUUCAUUCCCAAAUAAAUACAUAUCCAUGUCUUCUCUUCUCAGCUCUGUAUAAUCGCGACCAGGUCAUAUAGUAUCUGUUCUCUUCCUUCCCUUCAAUUAAUGUGAUCACUUAGCAAUACUGUGAAAGCAUGGUGCCUCUCAUACUACUUGUGUUCUUCACCUUCUUGGACCCUUCUUUGCAAUCCCAGGUCUCUAUCUCUCUCAACUCUACCACCCUUUUCAAAUCCGGCGACUCCGUCCUUAUCAAAUGGUCCGGCGUCGACUCUCCCUCCGAUAUUGACUGGCUUGGCAUAUACUCGCCUCCUGACUCUCCCAACGAUCAAUUCAUCGGCUACAUCUUCCUCUCUAAAUCACCCACAUGGAAAUCCGGGUCGGGUUCCAUUUCCCUCCCUCUCGUCAACCUCCGAUCCAGCUACUCCUUCCGGAUCUUCCGUUGGACCCGCUCUGAGGUCGACCCGUCUCGCCUUGAUGAAGACCACAACCCCUUGCCCGGCACGGCGCACCUCCUGGCCUCCUCCGAGGUGGUCAAGUUCCUCUCGGGUCGUGGGCCAGUGCAGAUUCAUUUGGCCUUCACGGACAAUGACGACGAGAUGCGGGUCGUGUACAUCACGGAGGAUGCGAGGGAGACGUAUGUGAGGUACGGGGAGAGAGAGAGGAAGUUGGAUAGUGUAGCGCUGGCGCGUGUGAGGAGAUAUGAGAGGGAGCACAUGUGCGACGCGCCGGCGAACGGAAGCAUUGGUUGGCGUGAUCCAGGGUACAUUCAUGACGGAGUUAUGACGAAUUUGAAGAAAGGGGUGAGAUAUUAUUACAAGGUUGGAAAUGAUUAUGGAGGUUGGAGUGAAACACACAGCUUUGUGUCAAGGAAUGGUGAUUCAGAUGAAACAAUAGCUUUUCUCUUUGGUGACAUGGGAACUGCCACUCCUUACAAUACAUUUCUGCGAACACAAGAGGAAAGCAUAUUGACAAUGAAAUGGAUCCUCCGUGAUAUUGAAGCUCUUGGUGACAAGCCAGCAUUCAUCUCCCACAUUGGAGACAUCAGCUAUGCCAGAGGAUACUCGUGGUUGUGGGACCAUUUUUUCACUCAAAUUGAAGCUGUUGCAGCCAAAGUCGCAUACCAUGUUUGCAUUGGUAAUCAUGAAUAUAACUGGCCCUUACAGCCAUGGAAACCUGAUUGGGCUAGUUAUGGAAGAGAUGGGGGUGGUGAGUGUGGUGUACCCUACAGUUUAAGGUUCAAUAUGCCUGGAAACUCUGAGGAACUCACUGGAACUGAAGCCCCAGCAACUCGGAACCUUUAUUACUCAUUUGAUGUGGGAGCAGUACAUUUUGUGUACUUCUCAACCGAGACCAAUUUCCUUCCUGGAAGCAGUCAGUAUAACUUUUUGAAGCAUGAUUUGGAAUCAGUUGAUAGGGAUAAGACUCCUUUUGUGAUAGUCCAAGGGCACCGACCCAUGUACACAACAAGUAACGAAUUAAGAGAUGCUGGAUUGAGAGCAAGGAUGCUGGAGCACUUGGAACCUUUGUUGGUGAAAAACAACGUGACCCUAGCCUUAUGGGGUCAUGUUCACAGAUAUGAGAGAUUUUGUCCUCUAAACAACUUCACUUGUAGUAACUGUGUGGGUCAAAAAGGGGAGGACUCAGAAGCCUAUACAGUUCAUAUAGUAAUUGGCAUGGCAGGGCAAGAUUGGCAACCCAUUUGGGAACCCAGACCUGACCACCCAAAGGACCCAAUCUAUCCCCAACCAGAACGGUCUUUGUACCGUGGGGGCGAGUUUGGGUACACCAGAUUGGUUGCUACGAAAAAGAAGCUUGUGCUUUCUUAUGUUGGGAAUCAUGAUGGUGAGGUGCAUGAUAUGGUGGAAAUUCUAGCAUCUGGUGAAGUUGUCAGUGGUGAUGCCAAAGAUAGAGCUGGGUGGACAUUUUCAUGGUAUGUUAAGGGAGGAAGUGUAUUGAUACUUGGUACCCUUAUAGGCUACUUUCUUGGUCGCAUGUCACAUGGCAGGAAGAAAUCUGAGGGUAGAGAAUGGGCUCUUGUGAAGACUGAGGAACCAUAAAACCAUAUAAUGUUACAUUCUGAUGAAAUGAGAAAUUCUAAAGUAGACCCACCCUACAAAAAUUAAUGGGGCAUAUAAGUUGGUUUGGUGUUGUAAGAUGGUGCUCUCAUGGUGCUUGUUUAAGGGAAAAAUUCCUCUGUAUAUUAAGCAAAUUUUCUGACAGAACAUAAGCCAUUUGUGGCAUUCCUUUGAGGGAUUUAUUUAUAUUGCUCCCUUUGUAACUUGCA